ACUGAGCUCCGGCUCCUGCCCCAGAACAAGCCGCUCCAUGUUUUACCGGCCUCUCUCCGCCGCAGUGGGAGAGGAAGUCGAACCGAGAGUCAAGCGGAGACGCUACCGUGUUAGCAAAAAACCCCUACAGAAAUAUACAGCGCGGAGGGUUUUCGAGCAAACAUGUGCCACGUUUUUGCUGGGAAACGAUACGCUUGACUGAACGGUGCGGGCUCUAUCGACUGGCAUACGUCGCCGAGACAGCGAAGGGACCGCGUUAGUGCUCCUCACAGGCAGCUUGAGAGAGAGAGGGCUCCCCUAUCACCGACAGCCUGGUAGGCAGGAACCGCUCGGCUCUGGCUGGCGCGGAAAACGACGACCUGCUCCACUCUGCUAGUUUUUCUUAGUAUUUUCAACUCCCUGUGUGAGAAGACCUCGAAAACAGUGGCACGUCCAUCGUGUUUCUUCCAUUUUGGCGUGGGAAAAUAUAACAGUCUCCCCAACGAUCUUCGCCUUAACUGUUAAUAACCUCGACUCCCAGUUCUGUGAAACCACCGCUGGACAGCCGAGCUGCUCUCUCCAUCUGUCCGCGCACCCUCCCUCCUCUGCUGCCGUCACUGUGUGCAGCUCCGUGCCGGGUCUCCUCCCCGUGCUCGGGAUAACUCAACGAGAAGCCAUGGACCAUAUUUGUCAUCUUUACUGAUAUUUUUCUGCUCAAGUUCCUGGGCUGUUUCUCGGAAGCGCAGCGAGACUUCCCCAAUAACAAGGAGACGGAAGCAAGAACACCCGCAGCCGUUAGCUUUUCAGAUCCACUGCUGCGCGGUGUGGGAGCAGCGCCGCUGUUGGUCAACCAGCUUGCAGUAACCGUGUUGACAAGCGGCUUUACGGGCUUUUUAAUGCAGCUGUCGAAACCCAGCAGUUCGCUCACUGGUAAUUUAGCCUUCUGGCUAGCAGGUUUCAUUUUUGCUAGCUAGCAUGUUGGCUAGCUAGCAGGCGGACCCGAAUAUCGACACCAGCAGGAGGCUACAGCAGGCUAGCUCCACGACGCGCGGAUUUGGCUUGUGAUUAGUUAAUCACGCCGAGCCCGCUCCGGAUUUGGAGCUAAAGCGUUCAAGGUGUUUAUCCGCGUCUUUUCCAACGGUAUUUUCGGCGUGAUUGCUGCGCCCCGCACGGAGCACAUCGGCUGCAACAGGAAGGAAGCCGAGCGAGAAAAAGAACGGAGCAGAAGAGGAAAAACAAAUAGCCACACAGACAGCGGAGACUGGGAUUGAACGGAGAUCAUUGUUGUGAAUGCUGCUUGUUUUUCAUCCUCCGAUCGCAUGGACUCAUCGGUGCCAAAGCUCGCUUAAAGGAUUCUAAUAUUUUGAGACGAGGACAACGGAUCGCCACAUUUAGCCUGCCCUGGAGGGUCUCUUUCAGGUCUUUUCGGUAAAUCCAUCCUCCCUCCCCUUCCCUAAAUGUGAUGGUUCGAGCAAAACGAGCCACACGUGUUCCUGUUUGUUUGCUUUAACUCAGAUCCUCUGCUGCUAUCGAGGCCACAAAAACAAUCGGGAGUUACAUCUCACGUUCUGACUGCAGACUCCGCCUGCCAUUUCUCUAAAAUUGGACCCCCCCCCCCCCACCACAUCCCCUCCUUACUGCACAUUUGUUUACAUUUGAAGGGAAAAUCCCGAAUCGAAACCCCAUGUGGAACUGGAGACAAACCGAUCGUUUGGGCACAUUUUUUCAGCAAGCAAGUCCCGAGAGACGUGCAGAAUUUGACAGCUGUCCACUAAGGCUGCAUAUCACGGCAGCCCUGUGAAGCGAGGAAGCGCUGACACCAAAACGAGCCAGUUCCUGCUUAUUUUAGCACCUUUCCUCCCGGCGCUCACACGGCGCAAUCCGGCUGCAGUUUUGCGCCAAAUGGGAUUGCAAGGACGGCGAUCGAGCUGAUCCACGGACUGCUUAUUGAAUUUUUUUUUAUCCGAUCAGCCCACCUUAAUGUCCCCCCCAACCCCAUGAAUUCCCUUUUUGUGUCUUAAUGAUGUUGGCUUGAGGUUAGCAGCCGCAGACAUCUACACGAUUCCGCUUCCUCCGGAUCCCCUCCCCUUUACCGGCCCCCCCUGUCAUCGCACCUCGGGCCCUUGAUGGUGGUCCUCUCCGCUGGAGGAAACAGUUCUUUUAAUUCCCUGAAUAGUUUUUUUUUUUUUUUUUUUUUUUUUUUUUUAAAGCACCACAGGAAGCCUGCUGUUUUUAUUAAUUUGCUCCUCCAAAGGGUCGAAAAAUGGCGGACCUCGAAGCGGUACUCGCCGAUGUCAGCUAUUUGAUGGCGAUGGAGAAGAGCAAGUCUACUCCUGCCGCCCGUGCCAGUAAGAAAAUCAUCCUCCCUGAGCCCAGUAUUCGCAGUGUAAUGCAGAAGUACCUGGAGGAAAGGGACGAACUCACUUUUGACAAAAUUUUCAACCAGAAAAUUGGAUUCCUGCUGUUUAAAGAUUUCUGUAUGAACGAGAUCGACGAGGCUGUGCCUCAGCUCAAGUUCUACGAAGAAAUCAAGGAGUACGAGAAGCUGGACUCUGAGGAGGAGCGUCUGAGCCGCAGCCGGCAGAUUUAUGACGUCUACAUCAUGAAGGAGCUGCUGUCCUGUUCACAUCCAUUUUCCAAGAAGGCAGUGGACCAUGUGCAGAGUCAUCUGGCAAAGAAAUUGGUCCCACCAACUCUCUUCCAGCCAUACAUAGUGGAGAUCUGCGACAGCUUGAGAGGGAACAUCUUCCAGAAGUUCAUUGAAAGUGACAAGUUCACUCGGUUUUGCCAGUGGAAGAACGUGGAACUCAACAUCCAUCUGACCAUGAACGACUUCAGCGUGCAUCGGAUCAUCGGCCGGGGCGGCUUCGGGGAGGUGUACGGCUGCAGAAAGGCCGACACGGGGAAGAUGUACGCCAUGAAGUGCUUGGACAAGAAGAGGAUCAAAAUGAAGCAGGGCGAGACUCUGGCGCUCAACGAGAGAAUCAUGCUGUCGCUAGUCAGCACAGGGGACUGCCCAUUCAUCGUGUGUAUGACGUACGCCUUCCACACCCCCGACAAGCUCUGCUUCAUCCUGGACCUCAUGAACGGGGGCGACCUGCACUACCACCUCUCCCAGCACGGUGUGUUUAGUGAGAAAGAGAUGCGGUUCUAUGCUGCUGAAAUCAUCCUGGGUCUGGAGCACAUGCACAACCGCUUCGUCGUCUACAGAGACCUCAAGCCGGCCAACAUCCUUUUGGACGAACACGGCCACGUUCGGAUCUCAGACCUCGGCCUGGCCUGCGACUUCUCCAAGAAGAAGCCCCACGCUAGCGUUGGGACUCAUGGCUACAUGGCUCCAGAGGUCCUUCAGAAGGGAACGGCGUACGACAGCAGCGCAGACUGGUUCUCUUUAGGCUGCAUGCUCUUCAAACUCCUCAGAGGGCACAGCCCCUUCAGACAGCACAAGACCAAAGAUAAACAUGAGAUAGACCGCAUGACGCUGACCAUGAAUGUGGAGCUCCCAGAUUCGUUCACCCCGGAGCUCAAGGAUCUGCUGGAGGGGUUGCUCCAAAGAGACGUGUCCAAGCGGCUCGGUUGCCAGGGCCGGGGAGCGCUAGAGGUGAAGGAGCAUCAGUUUUUCAAAGGUAUCGACUGGCAGCAGGUGUACCUGCAGAAGUACCCCCCUCCUUUAAUCCCGCCCAGAGGAGAGGUGAAUGCCGCGGACGCUUUUGACAUCGGCUCAUUUGAUGAGGAGGACACCAAGGGCAUCAAGCUGCUGGACAGCGACCAGGAGCUGUACAAGAACUUCCCUCUGGUCAUAUCGGAGCGCUGGCAGCAGGAGGUGGCUGAGACUGUGUACGAGGCCGUCAACCUGGACACGGACAAGAUAGAGGUUCGCAAGAGGGCCAAGAACAAGCAGCUGGGCCACGAGGAGGACUAUGCUUUUGGGAAGGACUGCAUAAUGCACGGCUACAUGCUGAAGCUGGGCAACCCGUUCCUCACCCAGUGGCAGCGCCGCUACUUCUACCUGUUCCCCAACCGGGUGGAGUGGAGGGGAGAGGGCGAGUCGCGGCAAAACCUGCUGACCAUGGAGCAGAUUGUGUCGGUGGAAGAGACGCAGGUUAAAGACAAGAAGUGCAUCCUGCUGCGCAUCAAAGGAGGGAAGCAGUUCGUCCUGCAGUGUGAGAGCGACCCAGAGUUUGUGCAGUGGAAGAAGGAGCUGAACGAGGCGUUCACAGAGGCCCAGAAGCUGCUGCGCCGCGCGCCCAAGGUGAUCGGGAAAGGCCGAGCCGCCGUGGUGGAGCUCUCCAAACCGCCGCUCACACACCGCAACAGCAACGGCCUGUGAAUAAAAGGAGCACAUACCUUUCUAUAUCUAUACACGCACACGCCCUCACGCAAACAUGUAGACACAUACACUCUGCACACCACAUCAUUUCUGCAAGACAUCGGCCCCAACUUCAUGGCAACGCCUCGCAGUGUGUGCGGACCUGCCAGCCCCUUACCCACACACACACACACCCCCACGCCCCCCCCCACACACACACACACCAUCAGAGGAGGUUCACCGGUUUCUUUUCCGUUUCAUCCACGGGACUCUGCCAGUCACGGAGAGGAGAGGCGGGGCGGGGCGGACUGAAGGAGAGCAGAACCCUCUGCAUGGAUGUGACGAGGAUUUGUCGGACUGGUCCUCCACCUUCCCCGGCUCUCCUUCAUCCCCCCGCACCCUCAGGGUCACCCCUCCUCACUUGAACCGGAUCUCCUGGAAGAAUCUGAAAAACGACUGCGAAACGAAAUGGAGUUUUAAGCGUCAGAUACAGCAGGAGGUCCAAUCAGAGAGAAUUCCUCUUUCCCAGGCGAUGCAGAAGGGGCGGGGCUACUGUGGGGAAUGUAAAAACAAAUCUGCUGCUCGACUGUAUCCUGUCCCCCCGUACCUCUUACCACCAACCCCUCCUCUCAGUUACUGAAGUGUGCAAAGUGCCAACAUGGAUAUUUUACUUGAGUCACCUGAGCGGCCGGUGGGAGCCCCCCGUCCCUCCGGACCCUCUCAGGGUGUUUGUUGGCGGGCGAUUUAUCAUUCCAGUCCUGAAAAACAAGAGGACCAACAGACUCUUUUCAGAUUGGCUCCUGUUUCCAGCCAGUUUCCAUGGCGACCGAGAUUCCAUUGGCUGUCAAACAGCAACGGGUUGCCAUGGGAACUGUGAAGACCAAUGUACCUGAGGAUGGGUAACCGUGGAUGAUGACGUGUGUAAGCCUCGCAGGAGGGGCGGGGCGUGUUCAGUGUAUAUAAACAACCCUUUCUCUGUGCAUCCCAUGUUUUGGUCCAGUGUGUUUGCAUUGGCGGAGGACCUCUCUAUCUGCCUGUCCAAAAGCCUCGCAAGGCUUUACCCCAACACAGGAGGACGGGGAUGGUCUCUCUCUCUCUGCAGAGUGUGUGAGGGCGUAAGGUGUGUGUGGAAGAGCAGGUGUCGGUGCUGCGUUACCUCUGCUGGGCUGUUUCCAGACGAUGCCAUCACACAGACACACGCAUUCUAGUGGCUUUGCAGGUUCAGCCAGUGUUUGUUGUCAGAGUGAGCACAAGUUGGACGAGGAGGAGCUGAAGCUGAGGGAAAGUUUUACAACCUUUGGUUUUCUUUUAUUUUUCUGGCUUUUGCUCUUUGACCUCUGAAGGCGCCUGGAGGACCAAUCCCAACCUGCUACACAGUCUGCCAAUAACAACAUAUCCAGCUCUCAAGUAUAGUCAUAAUAUUGGGUUCAAGAUUUUUAGCAAUAUUUUGGUAAAGCUACAAAUUCCCUUCUUUGUUUUGUUUUCCACGGUGGUAUGACAGUUUCGGUUUUAAGGAAUUUGUAAUUGGUUUAGAAAAUAUCAGUCCAGGUUUGACAAAAUCGCUAUGGUUUAAUAAGAACCGCUAUAGAAGUGAAAAUGCUCCCUUUCUGGGAUUUCACAGACAAAAUAAAGGUAUCAGAAAUCGCAUUGUGCAGAAUUAUCAGGUUUAGGUUCAGCCCAAGUAUUGGACAAAAGAAAAAGAAAUCCCACACUGUCCAGGCUACCUUAAAAAAGUGAAAAGCCAUCUGUAAGAAGCAUUAACAUCUUAUGGUGCUAGUAAUGCUAAAUUUACCAACGCUAGCCGCUGAUGAUGCUUGCAACUGAUUAUGCUAACUUUAACAACAUUAGCCAUUAAUAUUUCUUGUGGCGUCUGAUGCUAUCUCGAGCAACGCUGGGAGCUAAUGACGCUCAACAAUAAUAAUGCUAACUUUAACAGUAUUAGCCACUAAUGCUGCUUGUGGCUAAUAAUUCUAACUUUACCAAUGUUAGCCUGCAAUGUUGCUUGUGGUUAAUGAUGCUAAUUUUAGCAUCUUCAGCUCCUAACUUUACUCACAUUAGCAUCAUUAGCAGCUAGCGGUUUUGCAGUUGCAAUUUUCUAUUGAGUUUCCAAAAGGCUUCCACAUAAGCUAUUUGAAAAUGUCGCCAGCCUCUAUAGUGCUGACAGCGAGCCAAAAAGAAGUCUUUCUUAGCCAACUCUAUAUCAGCACACUCAAGUACUACUUCCGUUCUCACUCCAAAAUAAGAGUCUCCAACAUACCAGAGUCUCAUGUUUUGCUUAAAUGAGGAGUAUUCUGUUUUGACCAAAUCUUGUGGCCAAUAGUCAGAUUUUUUUUUCCAGUAAUUGAAAGCACCACAGUCAUUCUGCUAAUCCACUUGAGUGAUAACACUCUUCGGUGUAGAAGUUGUUACACACCUGGUCAGUAAUGCUGCUUUGUUGACUUGUUCAGUUUGUUUGUGCAAACCAACUGACUGAAGUAGAGCCUUUUCUCAAGUCCAACUGGGACGAAGUCAAAGUUAGACUUUUCACAUUUCUGUAAUUUUCAUAAGCUGUAUUCCAUUUAAAAACAUUCAAUGUUGAAAAAUGUUCACCUAAUUUCGUUCCAUUUUAGUAUGCGUCAGCUGCAUGUCCUAACUAUAUAUAAGGCACAGGGAAUCUUUUCUUUCUGAAAUGCUGCACGCCGUUUUUAAAAGCUCCUUCAGUUUGACUUUACAGUUGCCAUAUCUGGAGCAAAUGUGAGAGACGAAGCUAAUUCAGCUCAUCCAGUCAGCUUUAAAUCAUGUCACGUUUAAAGCAGAAAGCCGAACACAUCAGCUGUCUGUUCAGCUCCCGUUCAUUAGUGCGUUGUGUUUUUCAUGACCCGGUUCGGUCGGGGCUGAAACAUGUCGAGCACCGGGGCGUUUACGGGACGGGUUGUCGCACAGUCGCAGUGUUACAGGAUGUGCAACGGAAGGAGAAAUCUAUUGUAAUUUCAGGGUUUUUAUUUUUUUAUGCAGUACAAUGUCCUUGUUGCAGAACUGUAAUGCGAAAAGCUUCAGUAGAAAAAAGGGUUGAUUUGCGUAAAUAGCUUUUAUUUUUUCAUUUUUUUUGAUAGCCUUUUUUCGUCAGGGGGAAAUCUUAUCACGUUGUAGAGAUUUUUGCCACCUCUUAAGGUGUCUUUUAUUUUUAUAAACCAAAAUGGUUUUUAUUGUUUUCAUUGAGAGUUAUGUCAUUGCACCUUUUUAGCCCAAUGUGUUACUUACCAAUUGUUAAAUGUGCCAAAUAACUUUUUAUGUUGAAAUUUUUGUUGUUGUUGUUGAAAUGAAGGAGUGGAACUAACCGGAAGUUGGACGUUUGCUUCUCGUUACGGACGUGUCAGCAUCCAAAACGAUUGAAAGUCCACUCUCACAAACUUUUUAAGGAGGAGAUUUUGUCAGAAGGGUACAAAACUGUGACCAAACGUUUCUCCACUGGUGUUUGUGUGUUGGCGUGUGUGUUUGUGUGUUCGGGUUGCCACGGGGGAUUCUGAAAACACACACCGCCCGGUUCCGUGUACUUGUUCCUGAAAGUUUUUUCUCUCUCUCUCUCUCCACACUGUGUGUAAGUCGUGAGUAUUGGGAGAUACGUGAGGCUCAUUAACGCCUCGUAUCGCCAUCCGGUGGACGUUUUACUUUCUUUCUACGUCACACACAGAUUUCCCUCCCUCGGACACACGCUCAACACGAUUUUAAAAAAGGACAGCAUAUAGGAAAAAAUAUAUAUAUAGUAUAUAUAAAUAUAUGUGUAUAUGAAAUGACAAAACGCUCUAGGUUUAUUUAAAAGAUUUAAUGUAGAAAACAAAAUGAACUUGUCGAGGGGAGGUCGGGGAUGUUGAUGUGAGUAUAAUUGUUUGUGGUGAUGACUUCAGCUUGAAUCUUGCACAUAAAAAAAAAGACUUAUUAGAGAUAUUGUACCUGCGAGUUCCAGAUGAUUAUUUUUGUUCAGACACCAGACUCUGUGCUUUUUUUUUCAUUUUUUUUUUCAUAUUUAUUGUGUGCAUGGGGAGCCGGGAGCCGACGUCUCUCCUCCACACGUCGGAGCUUUUGGGCCGAGGCUUACUGUAGAAAACCCCUCCAGUUUACACCCGUCUGAAACUCUUCUCGUCUUCACACGCCACAAACACAAAUACUACUGCUUUUGGGUUAUUCAAAUUAAGGUAAAAGAAGAAAAAAAGAAUACUGCUAUCUGACUGAUAUUAUUCAGUGAAUAUUCUAAAGUUUAUUUUAUUUCAACGAUUCUUUUUGUUUUUGAGAUAGAAAGUUGCGUGUUGGACUGCUUGUAAGAACAGUUCAAGAAUAAAAACGACUUUUUCUGUGUUG